AGCUAGGGACAAGGGGGGGCUGACGCGCCCACUCAAAUUUUGUAGAGAACGCUUGUUGCCUUGUUGGUCAGAAUCAACAGAAGGUAGAAGUGUGAGAAUGCCCCCACUUAAUUACUUUAACAAGUAUAUAUAUAAUAUAUCUAUAAGUGGUGAUGAUGAAGUGAAACGUGAGCCAUAAAAAACAGAAAUAUUUAAUGCUAAAUAGACAUAAAAGCAUAAUAUUCCCCACAUCACCAAGAUCCCACGUUCCACUACGCCCCCAAAACAAGGAAAGCAGCCACCAAAUGUCUCUAGAGUCCAGACCGUGAAGAGAUACAGCCUAAAGUAGCUCUAAACUGAUGAGGGCAACUCUGAAUCUGUGAUUAACCCAGGAGGCCAGGAGGCAGGAGAUGAAUCAUGAAUGAACUGAUGAAGCAUCAUAAGACAAAAUAUUUUUUCACAGCAAACAAAUCAUUUUCUCUAUACUUCUACUUCUGUUGAUUCUAACCAACAAGGCAACAAGUACAACACAGGAAAAUCAAGGCGCAAGGCUCCUAAUCUCACAAAUAUGCAUUAUUAUCAUGUUGAUUUUUUCAAUGCUGUGAUUGAUUUGCAACUACAAGAGCUCAAUAAUCGUUUCAACGAGGCUAAUACUGAGUUGUUACUUUGUUUGGCAUGUUUAUCUCCUAAUGAUUCAUUUUCUGCUUUUGACAAGAGAAAGUUGAUCCGCCUUGCUCAAUUGUACUCACAUGAUUUUUCUUCCAUGGAUCUACGGGUGCUAGAAAGUCAGCUGCAAACUUAUGUUAAUGACAUGCGUUCUAAUGCAUGGUUUUCCGAAUUGAAAGGAAUUGCUGAACUUGCCAAAAGACUAGUGGAGACAAGAAAGCAUGAGGUAUAUCCAUUAGUUUAUUUGCUCAUUAAAUUGGCAUUAACACUUCCAGUUGCAACAGCUUCUGUAGAAAGGGCAUUCUCUGCUAUGAAUAUUGUGAAGAAUCAAAUGCGAAACAAAAUGGGAGAUCAAUGGUUGAAUGAUUGUUUGACUGUGUAUCUUGAAAAAGAUGUAUUUAAUGCUAUUGACAAUGAGCCUAUCAUCCAGCGUUUUCAGAACAUGAAGUCUCGUCGAGGACAACUUUAAAUGUUUGAUCUAAAAUUAUUCUUUUGUUAGGUACUUAUUCGAAUAAUUUUUUUUAUCUAUG